GAUGACGAGAGCUGUGGAUAAUUGGGCAUUUGGUUUAAUGAUAUACGGACUAUGGCAAAAUGCAAAUCGGUUUUAUGCAGAAAUACUUGGAAAGGAAAACGAUUAUGAUUUACUUGAUGUUCAAUUGGAAAAAAUCAGAUUUGAAAAAUAUGAGACUCAGCUAGAUCAGAUUAUUAAAGUAUUAAAAAUUUAA